AUGGGUUUUUCACAUGUGACCUGUGUGACCAAUCCCAGCCCUCCUGCACCUAUACAAGUGGUCCAGCCCUCCCGCACCUACACAAGUGGUCCAGCCCUCCCGCACCUACACAAGUGGUCCAGCCCUCCCGCACCUACACAAGUGGUCCAGCCCUCCCGCACCUACACAAGUGGUCCAGCCCUCCCGCACCUACACAAGUGGUCCAGCCCUCCCGCACCUACACAAGUGGUCCAGCCCUCCCGCACCUACACAAGUGGUCCAGCCCUCCCGCACCUACACAAGUGGUCCAGCCCUCCGGCACCUAUACAAGUGGUCCAGCCCUCCCGCACCUACACAAGUGGUCCAGCACUCCGGCACCUACACAAGUGGUCCAGCCCUCCUGCACCUACACAAGUGGUCCAGCCCUCCGGCACCUACACAAGUGGUCCAGCCCUCCCGCACCUACACAAGUGGUCCAGCCCUCCCGCACCUACACAAGUGGUCCAGCCCUCCCGCACCUACACAAGUGGUCCAGCCCUCCCGCACCUACACAAGUGGUCCAGCCCUCCCGCACCUACACAAGUGGUCCAGCCCUCCCGCACCUACACAAGUGGUCCAGCCCUCCCGCACCUACACAAGUGGUCCAGCCCUCCGGCACCUACACAAGUGGUCCAGCCCUCCCGCACCUACACAAGUGGUCCAGCCCUCCCGCACCUACACAAGUGGUCCAGCCCUCCCGCACCUACACAAGUGGUCCAGCCCUCCGGCACCUACACAAGUGGUCCAGCCCUCCGGCACCUACACAAGUGGUCCAGCCCUCCUGCACCUACACAAGUGGUCCAGCCCUCCGGCACCUACACAAGGGGUCCAGCCCUCCGGCACCUACACAAGUGGUCCAGCCCUCCCGCACCUACACAAGUGGUCCAGCCCUCCCGCACCUACACAAGUGGUCCAGCCCUCCGGCACCUACACAAGUGGUCCAGCCCUCCGGCACCUACACAAGUGGUCCAGCCCUCCGGCACCUACACAAGUGGUCCAGCCCUCCUGCACCUACACAAGUGGUCCAGCCCUCCUGCACCUACACAAGUGGUCCAGCCCUCCGGCACCUACACAAGUGGUCCAGCCCUCCGGCACCUACACAAGUGGUCCAGCCCUCCUGCACCUAAACAAGUGGUCCAGCCCUCCUGCACCUACACAAGUGGUCCAGCCCUCCGGCACCUACACAAGUGGUCCAGCCCUCCGGCACCUAUACAAGUGGUCCAGCCCUCCUGCACCUACACAAGUGGUCCAGCCCUCCUGCACCUAUACAAGUGGUCCAGCCCUCCUGCACCUACACAAGUGGUCCAGCCCUCCUGCACCUACACAAGUGGUCCAGCCCUCCUGCACCUACACAAGUGGUCCAGCCCUCCGGCACCUAUACAAGUGGUCCAGCCCUCCGGCACCUACACAAGUGGUCCAGCCCUCCGGCACCUACACAAGUGGUCCAGCCCUCCUGCACCUAUACAAGUGGUCCAGCCCUCCUGCACCUACACAAGUGGUCCAGCCACCUUCCCAGGUGCCUGCGCAUCAAAGGUCCUUGUGUCCUGCAAAGGUUGCUGUUUGUGCAUGUGUUCCUGA